AUGGACACGGACGAGACCCAGCCCUUGCCCACACGCGAGGAGGUUGUUGCCGCUUUGGAGGAAGAGAUAAAUUCCGAAGAGGGUAGGAUGAAUUUGGAGACCCAACCUCGAAAUGAUCAUUUCUUUUACUUUGAGGGAUUGCCUGCAAAACCGCUUCCGCCCCCACCAGAGACAGCGACACAUGAGUCUACUGAGCCUGAGGUCAGUGAGGUGUUGACCCGUCGGGAUCAGCUUCAGAUGAAGGAGAAGAAGAAGAAGGCUGAGAAUGGCAAGAACGGCAAGAACGGGAAGAAGGAACCUGAUGAUGGAGAUCUUGAUGAAUCUGGUGCACCUUUGCCCCAUGAGAAGCCCAAGCCGGCAGCCAAACGAAAGCCAAAAGCGCAACCCAAACGUGAGACGAAGAAAGCCAAGAGCAAAGCCAAGAGCAAAGCAAAGAAGCAUGAUGACUCUGAGGACAUUCCACUGACUCAACCGGACAGUGAUGAUGAUGAUGAUGAGAUGGUGACCCCAAAGAAAAGGUUGUUCAAUGCAGUGUCGGAGGAUGAUGGAGAUGAUUUUGAUGGAGGUCCAGUGAAAUCCAGCGCAAAGUCAUCCUCAUCCCCGCCAACAUUCAUUGACCCCAAGACUGGCAAGUCUGUGACGCUGGCCGAGGUGUUUGAAAACUACAUGCCAGAUCAAUGGAACAAAAAGAAUGCCAAGAAAUCGAAGCUUGAGAAGGAAGCCACCGCUGGUAGCUCGAACAGUGCCCCCAGUCGUCCGAAAGCCAAGGCUCGCUCGAAGAACAAGACAAAGGCAAAGGCGAAAGCAGAGUCCAUUCCAGAGUCUCCUAAGUUGACAUCGCCGUCCAUCAAGAAGGAGCAGAAGCGCCGUAAGAAGAAGGAAACCCAGGUGAUUGAAACCACGGGGGAUGACAUGAUGGACCAAGCCAUGCAGGACAAGUUCAAGCACACUAUCGAUUCAGUUGAUGGUUUUGAAAGUGAUGACGUCAAGGGCUACUUGAAAAAGACCAUGACCGGUGGCAACAAGCUCUGCAACCUUUCUUCCUACUGGAAGAAAACGUCUGAGGGCUCGGUAGGACUGAUGACCAAGAAGAAUGAGACUUGGGUGUACUUCUCAUUCAAGUAUGACGUGGAUUGGUCCGUCAACAUGUCCUUGGCCUACUCUUGUGCGUCCCUUAUGGCGGCAUGGAUGCUGGAGAACGAGAACAAGCUGCUGGAUUACUGGGAUCCGUUGUCUGAUUUUCAGAAGAUGUCAACCAAGUUAAAGUACAAUGCCAACAUGGAAACAGCCAACUUCUCUUGGGUGGAGUUCUAUGCUGGUCAAGCUGAAGCUACAAGGAUGUUCAAUUAUGGGGGAUUUCGAACGGCUAAGCUUGACCUGGUGUACAUGAAAUCACGUGAUGCAGCACAUCAGAAUCCGAUGGAUUUGACAUCAGAUGCUGGGAUGGGGACGGCCAUAGCUACAGUGCUACGAGGCAAUUUCGAGGUAAAAGAAGGUGGAAAGGCAACAAGGCUCUACGUGGCAGUGAGUCAGGAAGUUGCCUUGGCUGAGCUCAUGAACGUGAACACAGUGGUGAUGAACCGCAUCGUGACGAUGUGGCAAUCUGGCACUAUCGAUGCCAAUGUUGCUAUGCAGCUCUUGGGUCAGGGGUUAUCACCCAAUGAGUCGCCCCCGGUGGAUGGGGGUAAGGGGGCCACCCCUGCAGGAGACAAUGGUUUGCCCCAGAAGAGACCAGCUGAUAGCAUCACCCCGUCAGUUGCCCCCGCAGACUUGGAUGAUGUACUUGAACAGGCCAAAAAAGCCAAGAUGGACGCUUUCAUCAAAUACACCGAGAAAACGACGACAAAGAAAGACACGACCACCAACGAUUUGGAAUUUGGGUGGUACUCCAAGGAUGACAUGGUGAAGGUUCUCAAAUGGAAUACGAAGAAAAUUGAAGGAGCAAUCAAGUGUUGCGAGAGAGAUCCCAAGAACCUGAUCAGGGCGACGACAAGAGCGAGCUGCAGAGCGUCACUCUUGAACGACUUGAUCUUCAAGCAGCCCGCAAUGCAGCUGCCACCAGUGCUCCAGUGGUGGAAGCUUCUGAGGGCUGUAGAGGCCUUGGAAGGCAACUUGAAGACUCCCGAUCAGGAGUACAAUUCGCUCUCAGAUCACAUGGCAAAGGGUGAGCAAGAGGACUUUUCGCCCGAGUGGUCCGUCCAGUCUGAGAAAGUCAUGAAAGCUUCGACCUUCGUGUGCACCAGAGUGUCCCAGAACGAAGCCAAGGUGUCACUGGCGCAUCUGCAAAGAGAUUUGCAGCGAAUGUUGGCGAGGGCCACCUGCAAGAGCCAGAUUUUGACAGCACAAGCUGUCAAAGACGACGUCGGAGAUGUUGUGGCGACCCAAAAGGGAAUCAAUUUGUGGUCCAGGUGUUCGCUGUCAAAUUCGGAAAGAGAUGUUCACCGGGUUACCAAAAAACAAAAGACUACGUUAGAUGUUCCAAUCAGUCACGUGACAAUAGAGGAUGUCAAAGUCCCAUGGAUUUCACCACGUGACUGGUUGAUCUGGAUCAUUAGAAAAGGAUUGUGGCCCCGAUUGGCAGGUGCCCCCCUCCACCAGCAUGCAGUGGCUGGUGAAAUUUGGUCCAACUUUUGGACUGAAUACGAAAAAAUUUGUCCAGACUUUGAGUUGUUCAGCCUGCCAGACAUCGACCGUUCCAAGACCGCUGCAUUUAUGAUCCAUGGUGACGAAGGCAGGACACUGAAGCGCCACGGGCUCAUGGUUACAAGCAUACAGUCAUGCUUGGGGCUUGGGUUUGAUACCAAGCACCUUCGUCGACGGGAUGAUGGAAGGUGGCACAUGAAAGUCAACUAUAAGGGUCAUUCCUUCACCCAUCGCUUUGUGACUUCAACUAUGCCAAAAACUGUGUAUGAGAGCAACCCGGCUUUCUUCCACAAGAUGAUGGAUAAGUUGGCAUUGUCAUUGAGAAGCCUUUUGUUGGAGGGUGUUGUGGAUCCGUUGACUGGUGACACACUUAGGGUAGCAAUCAUAGCAGUGAAGGGCGAUGCCCCAUACUUGGCAAAAAUGGGCAAGUUUUACCGCAGCUACAACACCACCGUGAAGAGAGGAUCUGCGCAAAGUGUCCCUAAGGGGGUCUGCCACCGAUGCUUAGCAGGAACACCAGGCUUCCCUGCAGAGGAGAUUGCAACAAAUCUACCAAAGUGGUUGCAGACUCAAGGGAUCCGUGUGCCAUGGUUGUCUACACCAAGUGUAAUCCAACAUCUGGUCCACAGCAGAGCUGACCCUUCUACGUUUUUUCAAACUGACAUUUGGCAUGUGGUUCAUCUUGGGUUUGGUCGAUCCUGGAUAGCAUCUGUGGUACACUUGCUGCUACAUGUCAUCAAUCAACCCAAUCUGGAUGCAAAAUGGUCUUUUUUGACAGAAGAUUACCGAACUUGGUGCAGGAGAAACAAAAAGCAAAUGCACAUCAGUGCCAUCACUCCAUAUCUCAUGAGCUAUGGAGACAAAACGGGAACCAUGGGCCAAUUUCACAAAGGCGCACUUACAACAAAUUUGAUGCUAUGGCUUGCGGAAAUCAUUGGCAAAUUGCCAUGUGACACCAGAAGAUUGUUGCCAGAAUGCCAGGAGGCGACAUGUUGCAUGAACAAUUUGUUUGAAUGCUUGUUCAGAGCGGACGCUUUUUUGAGCAAAGAAGAGUGCAUUUAUGUAUCUGCAAAAGGCCUUCGGUUUCUUCAAGUUUAUUCAAAGAUGGCGAGAGCACAAUUCCAGGAAGGUUGUCCUUGGAAUUUUCCUUUGUACCCUAAGCUUCAUGCUUACCAUGAGACAAUCCUUCAGGUUCAACAUGAUGGACAACGUGUUGGUAUGGCAAUCAAUCCUUUAAUGUUCUCGUGCCAGGUCGACGAGGACACAGUGGGAAGAACUUCGCGCUUAAGUCGCCGCGUAAAUAUACGCUUGGUGAUGACGAGAACGCUGCAACGGUACUUAAUUUCAGCUCAUAGUGCUUUUGUUCGUGCGGGCCUCUUGUUGUGA